AUGACAUCGAAAAAGACUGCAGAAAACGCAGUGGCUGAAAAGGCUGAGAGGAUUUACAGAGUUCAGACGAAGGAGCAAGAUAUUUGCGAGGUGCCCGCGUCUGUAAUCAGCAUGUCCAAGUUGAUCACAACUAUGCUCGAGGAUUUGAAUCUGCAAGACGAUGACACUCCCAUACCAAUACCGAAUGUCACAGCACCAGUUUUCAAAAAGGUGGUAACGUGGUGUGAGAAGCACAAAACAAACGGAAAAGAAGAUAAGAAGCUUGAGGAAUGGUCUGAAGAGUUCUUCAAAGUUGAAUAUCCUAUGCUUUUUGAAAUCAUUAUGGCCGCUAACUAUCUGGACAUUCCCACAUUGCUCGACGAUGGUUGCAGGAAGAUCGCCAGUAUGAUGAAGGGUAAGACUCCGGAAGAAAUUCGUACUCUGUUCAACAUCACCAACGAUUUUACACCUGAAGAAGAAGAGGAAAUCAGAAGGGAGAAUGCAUGGUGUGAGGAGUGA